AUAACUUUUAUGGUAAAUCUUUUUUGAAAUGUUAGUAGUUAUUCUAAUUUUUUAUGUUGACGUGUCUCUCAUAAUUUAAAUUUUUAUUAAUAAAAAAAUAAGAUAAAAAAAAAAGUUCUUAAAAUUAUUGCUUUUUAUUAUUAUAUUCUUCACCAAUUCAAUGUAUCAUGCUCCAUUGUAUCACCUCAAUGCAAUUCAGGUUUUGAAAGCCAAAGCUCCCAACAUUCCAAGGAAAACCUGUGACAGCAUGCCAGAGAAACCUGAAAGUGAUGAUUUUGGAGUAAAGCAUAGAGAAGAGGUUCAGUUGCCAUCUUCCAUUUACUCUCAUCAUCAGCCUUGGUGGCUUGGAGUAGGGGAAAUUGAAAAUGCCUCCAAAUCAUCUUCAGCUGAUCAGCUAACUCGUUCAAUCAUGAAUGGUGUCACAUAUUCAGAGGCUAAUGGAGUUGAUAUCAAUAAACAAAGGCAUCCUUUGGUUUCUCCUUCACUUUCUGUAACUGAUAAGUCAGGUGGGGAUGUUGCUAAGGAGCACCGAAACAUCAAACAUGCCCUGUCGUCAACCGCAUUUACCCUGGACAAAUGCCUGAAUCCAAAUUUGCAGACAGAACUUGAUGGUCAUUCAAUUGUUUUAACAUCCCCUCAUUCAAAUGCACAGUUUGGUCAAAUCUUGACUACUUAUGGACAACAAUCUAUGAUGAACCCUCAGAAGCUAUACAGAAUGCAUCAUCAUGCUAGAAUGCUUUUGCCACUUGAAAUGGAAGAGGAACCUGUCUAUGUCAAUGCAAAACAGUAUCAUGGUAUUUUGAGGCGAAGACAGUCACGUGCUAAGGCCGAGCUCGAAAAGAAAGCGAUUAAAGUUAGAAAGCCAUAUCUUCACGAGUCGCGUCACCUACACGCUUUGAGAAGGGCGAGAGGCAACGGUGGUCGCUUUCUCAAUACGAAAAAGCUCGAACAUAACAAUUCUAAUGUUACUUUUGAUAAAGGAAACAAUGAGAAACAAGGGUCGUCAAAUGCAUCACAGUCCAUGCACAAAAUGCAGGGUUUCAACAUUUGUUACCAUGAUGGUAAUGGCUUUACAACACUAUGCCAUUCACAGGCAAAUGGAAAACAGGAGGGUGACUUCUUUGGUCAAGAAAGAAGCCCAAAUGGUGCUAUUAAAUGACCCUUCCCUCAACCAUACAGCAACAGGUGAAGAUGAAGGGCUUUGCCUCAUCCAACUUAUGGUGCUGUAAUUCAAAAGGCAAAUCAUUCUUGGCUCAGUUAGUUAGAUUGAAGUGAUAAGACCAGUGGCAUGGUACAUUUUAUGUUUGUGUUUCUCUUUACAAGUCCAUUUGUAAAAUGGGUCAGAGAAAUAAAACAAAAAUAUCACUUUGGUUUGUGAACUUUACAUAGAAGAUCACUUGUGUAUGACAUAUAUACUCCACAAAAAGCUUUAUUUUAUCCUAUCUCUCUUUCUACACACAUUAUCUUUGAAUGGUGCUUAUAUGUAAGACUUUUGUUCCAUUUGAAAUUAUUGACUUAUUAUUGUUGCAAGUGACUAUAUACCUUCUUCAUCUCCCUAGCUGGGGAAUGAGAGUAGUUUACAUUUA